AUGAGGUUUAAACAGUGCCCAGCCUCGUUUCUCUACCUCUUUCUCUUCACAUUGAUCUCAACUGUUUGUAAUUAUGCUCACUCCAAAGUCACCGACUGCCAAUUACUGCCACAUUCCGACUUUCUCGACGCCCAAUACCUAGACAGGGCAUGUAGACAUAGGAGUAUGUGGUUGAAGGAACGCGGAGAUUCUGAUGGAAAUCUGGAUAGGAAAUUGACUAGUAAGAUUUUUAUUGGUAUCACCAGUGGCAAGAGAGUAAUUUUGGUCUGGGGGGAUAAGGCGGAUUAAAAAAAUUAUUGCCGGGGGUGGAGUUUUUCAAAUUUUUGAGAAACUUAAUAGAAGAACCAACUUUUUUUUUAAUAAAUAGGUAUAUAGGAUAUAAAUAGUCAAUGACUCGCUACUGAUUAUUUUCAGAUAAUCAGUUACAGUACUUUAAGCAGCUUCAACGUGACCCAGCGUUAGAUCAGGAAAACCGUGAGCAGCUGCGCCGAUUGGCAGCUAAAACUCAUGUAAGUUAACAUAAACUUUUUUAAAUGAUUUUAGAACUUUAAAACUUUAAAAUUUGGCAAGAAAUCUUAAAUAAUACGCCGCAUAAACUAAAACAACACAUCUCAUACGCCUAAAAAUUUAUUUACAGGCCCUCCCAGCCGCCUACCGGCGACGCGAAGCCCGAAGAGUACCAUUUAAUCGUGGUACUAAGGCGAUUCGAAAAGAAAUCAGGAUGUUUUCAGAUCAAGAGAAAACUGAUCUGUUCCGAGCCAUGAAUCAGCUUAAACACAAGUACAUAGAUAACACUUCCAUUUGGGAUCUGCACACUCUUAUACAUUACCCAGAUAGUGCUCCUGGUGCUCAUUGGGGACCAGCUUUCUUACCAUGGCACAGGGAGUUUCUACGACAGUUUGAACAAGCCCUAAGGGAACAAGUUCCUGGCGUUUCGCUGCCUUAUUGGGAUUCUACACUUGAUGAGGGUAGGAUGAAGUUAUUAUAUAAUACUUAGAAAUAAGAAAACUAAAAUUUUAAUUUUUUUAAAUUUAGAAAUUUUAAUUUUUAAAAAUUUUAAAAAUCACAAUAAUAUGGUCUUUUAGGCCUACCAGACCCAAGCGAUAGUAUUUUAUGGACUGAAGAGCUUCUUGGAAAUGGAAACGGCUACGUAAAGACCGGACCGUUUCAAGAUUGGGAUACUAAUGUUCUAAUGCCGUUAUCUCCGGUUCCAGUCAAAAAAUUGUACAGGUAAAUUAAUUUUUGAUAUUCUUUUGCAUACUCUAUUUCAUGUCAUUAAUCUAAGAUAGGAGUUAAUAUAGUAAAAAAACUUUGUUGCCUUUUUUCAAAUUUGCGUAUAACAUAUCGCCGCAGCCUGCGAGAAAACCUAAAAGUAAAAAAAAAAUUUUGUAGAUCGACCGGUGGCCGUCCCCAAGACCGUCUCUUAUCACCAAAUGAUGUAGAUUGGAUAACAAGUCGGAAAAACUACUCAGAUCUCACGUUUUGCCACGACAAAACCUUCGAGUCCAUGCAUGGGUUGUCUCAUGUUUGGGUUGGUGGAUUCAUGUUCGUGAUCCGAGUAUCACCAAACGAUCCUGCAUUCUAUAUGCACCAUUCAUUUGUGGAUUACAUGUGGGAACAAAUGCGACAAAACCAUCAGACACGGCAUCAAAGAGAACAUGAUUGGGCAAAGGUAAGACAUUUUGAUGUUGAAACAGUGAAAACUUUAGUAAAAAACAGGUUAUUUCGGUGCCAAAUGGUACUAAAAUAUAGCGUAGAAGAAAUCGUAAACAACAAUAUAGUAAAAUACUUUUUCUUUUAUUUUACCGAUAAUAUUACAUCAAUUUCAGAAGAUCUGCGACUCCAAACACUCCUACACAGGCCAGAUGAAGCCUUUCAGUUUGCAGAACAAAGAUGGAUUAUCGAACGAUUACACUGAUUUUUGGUAUGAAUAUCAACCAGUUAGACAUUGUACUAGAGGACAGCCUUAUUGUGACAGUAAAUAUUACUUCUGCGACGAGGUUUCCUGGAAAUGCAGGUCGAAAAUUCAACUGGGAGGAAAUUGCACGGGAUUUGUGGGUACUGGAAUAUGUUUCAAUUCGGUUUGCAUUCAAGUAAGGCUUAAUUUUUGAUGACACUUUUCAAAAACCUUGUUAAUAUUCUUACCUUACUUUUAAAAUCAAUUCAAGUUAUAUCCCAAGCAGCUAAAGUCAAAAAAUAUCCUUUUUUUGAUAUUGUACUAGAUCUCCAUAACAUUGAUGGUUUAUUUUCCAGAAUACUUGUCGAUUACCAGCGACUGAUGGAAAUGGCUUUGAGAGAAGAGAAAGAAGACCAAGUGGAGUAGUUUGGGCUAAAACAUUAAUGUUAACAGACGGAGAUGAACCUCUAGUGUCACCGGUUGCUCAUAUUACUCUUCUUGAUGAAAGCGGAGGAACAGAGACCACAAUAUUCCAAGAAAGAACGUUACAGUAUCCCGAAAUGCCUGGUAUUAUGUAUUUACCAUUACCUCAUCCACGAGAAGGCGUUGGUUAUAAUGUGUCAUUGGAUGCUAGAGAUCACUAUGGUCGAUACUGCCAGAGUUAUUGUUAUAAUGCUACGAUUGACAAACAUCAAGUGAGUUCUUAUAAGUAUUUUAGAUUUUUAGGCAUUUUUGUGCCCUCAGGUCAUUUUUAAUAAAUUUUCUGUUCUGGUUUAGACAAAUGACUGAGUAACGACAAAUUUUGAUACUCGACUAGACCAAUCUAAAACAAUAUCCAAAAAACAUAAUUUUUAGGUAUGCCAACCUAAACUAACCAUCAAAAAUCGGUUCGAAAAAGAUGCCGCGAACAUAUCUUACACUCAUUCAUUCAAUUCUCGGCGGUUCUUGGACCUAGACUUGAGUGUACAUCCAGCUGAGUGGAAGAUAGCACCACCGUACAUGGUUUUCGCAUGCCACAGAAAGGUACCCAACGGGGAUGCUAUAAAAGCCUUGGCAGAUACUGUAAAACCACCACAAGAAACUACAGAGUACAUUUGGUUCAGAGUAAAUGUGUUGAAAAAGAGUGGCAGCACGAUUAAUUUGGACGACGCUGAGGUAAGUGUAAUAUCUGAAUGUCUCAUGAAUUUUCUUUGUUUUUAACUGUAAAAUAGACAAAUCAUAUUGAUAGUGGUACUAAAAAUACAGAAAGACUUUUAAAAACUCUUGGCUUACAUGUUGAGCAACAUUGAAAUUACUAAUUUGCUGUUUUAGAUCGAAGUACAAGACAUGGACGACCCAACUGACAUCUGGAUAUCUUCGAUACGAAGAGCUCGCUCAGCAUACGACCAAAGUGUGGUAUUUGUACGAGCACGCAACCCAAGAAUAUUCAGAAAAGGUGUUGGAGUUCAGAUUUCGAUACGAAGCGACAAUAAGCGGGUCAUGUGCGAGGCCAAGUGUAAUGUGGUAAGUGUAACAUUACAUUUUUGGAAAUUUAGACAUAAAAUUGACUGUAAACAACAAGAUUAAAAUAACAUUGAACCCUACACUUAUAAUGUUUUACAACGAACGGUAAAAUGCCAAGUUUUGAAGAAAAAAGGCAAAUUGUGGUUGGCCGCAGCCGUUGUGCAGGCUGCGGUAACAGUUUAUACGCAGAAUCUUUGUCUUGCCUUUAGGGGUGAGAAAAGGGCCGGGCCGGGCCCACUUUUCAGGCUCGGCCCAGGCCCGGGGCCCAACGUCUAGGCUCGGCCCGUUUUCAUUUUUAUCACAGGCCGGCCCGGCCCGGUCAGAAAAUUUCUAGGCCCGGCCCGUUUUAAAAAAUUUUAAAAAUUUUAAAACUUACAAACGGAAACUUGGCUUUGCAUUGUUUUUUCAGAUCAUUUAUUGAUCAUGGUAUCCAAUAAAAUCAAAAAACACAAAAGGGGAUUGAAAUAAAAAAUUUUAAAAAAUUAAAAAAUUUUUUUUUCGGGCCCGGGCCCACUUUUUUAGGCCCGGCCCUCAAAGCCGGCCCGUUUCUCACCCCUACUUGCCUUUUGGCAUUGAAGAUUAGUCAAAGUGGGCUUGUUUCAAACAAAUUAUGCUUCUUUUUAAAGUCAAAUUCUAAACCUGUUUUUUCCAUUUUAUCUUUGCCAUAUUACCCUUCCUGUUUAAUAUAACUCCUGUUUCAGGGCGCAGAACGACAGAUCGACAACUGUCCAUCGACCGUGUUCUUGCACGAACGGCCCAACAAGUCUGAAGAAAAGGUAUUCGCUUCGGAUCCCACCUUCCUACAGCUAUUAGGAUGGAAAAUGUCGGGUCAUCCAGCUGAUUGGUCGCUUCGAAUGGCAUAUUUAUCGUUUUAUUGUUAA